AUGGGGACGAGGGGUGUGGGCGUCGCCACCCGACAUGGCUCGCGGCGCGAUAUGUUGGCCACCGAGCCGCCCGUAGUUUCCCUCGCGGCGCUCCGAGAGGGCGAUAUCGCGACUCUCGCGACCCUUCGCGGCGCCCUCCGGGACGGUCCGGGUUACUUCACUCUGGACGCUGAGGUGGCGAUUCCCUCUUCUCUCGUAGUCGAGUGCUACGAUCGCGCGAGGGACUUCUUCGCCCUUCCGCUUGAUGUCAAGACGUGUUACGUACACACGCAGUAUGAGCGCGAGACUGGCGGGUAUGUGCCGCUGUUGGAAGAGUACGCGUAUCAGCCCAACACCGCUGCGAUCGUGGAGUCGUUCGACACCGUUCGCGACCUCCCCUCGCACGAAAUUCCGCAGGGUGCCACGGGCGUCGGACCCGUGGACUGGCCCGCGGAGGCGCCGGGGCUCAGGACGGCGCUGACAGAGUUUUACGCUCGGUGCGACGAAAUCGCCGCGGAUCUGUUCCGGGCGAUCGCGAGCGUGUGCUGCAUGGAGGAGGUAGAGAGCGCACGUGUCGUCGAGUGCGGCGUUCGGACGGAAGCGGCGGAGAGCGUGGGGGCGAAAGGGCGUGUUGACGAUGAGCGUGCGGACGACGCCGCCGGCGAGGAGCUCGCGAGGUUUUUCCUGAGAAGCUUCGGGCCGACCAGUCACUGCUCGAUGCGCGCCAUGAGGUAUCCGGGGACGGAUUCAGACGAGUUCAAGGCGCACGCGGGGGAGUUAAGGGACGUAUCGUUCCGUGCGGGCAAAAGGGGUCGGACGCCCCCGCCCCCAAGGAGGUCUAAAGGUGGCAACGGGCUGAGCGUCGAGGCGGUCGGUAUUUCUGAGCACACCGACUUUGAGGCGUUCACCAUCCUGCACCAAACCGCCCCUGGCCUGGAGCUCAAAGAUCUGGCGGGCAAUUGGAGGGUCGCGGAUGUGUACCGGGACCAAUCCAAGUUCACGAUAAUCAUCGCCGACAUGAUGGAGCGAUGGACGAACGGGUGGCUUCGGGCUACGCCGCAUAGGGUGGGACUCGCGGCGCACGAGAGGUUAUCGCUCGUGCGAUUUAACGGCCUGGACCCGGAUGCCUCGGUCGCGCCGCUUCUGAGGUUCACGGGGGCGGGGGCGAGCGGUUCGUCCAGCGACACCGUAUCAACCGAGUCGCGGGGGGGAUGGGUUAAAGGUGCCAAAUACAAGCCCGUGACUCAGGGGGAGCACAUGGCGGAGUCCGUCACGAGAGCCGCCGCUAACCUCGAGCAAAUGUUGGACCGAUACCCGAAGACGGCGCUGACGCCGAUACCGAGGCGAUUCGCGCAGGUUCUGCUCGUCAACUGCGAAGAUGAAGAGAUCGCGUUGGUAAAACACGCAGAUGGUGAAUUUGAAGGUCUGUAUACGGGUCUAAUCACGGAGGUUUGCGGCGAUGAGACGCCACGGCAGGCUGCGCUGCGGGGGGGAUUAUGUCCCCUGCGAGAAUUACUCGGGAUUCCUACCGGCACGGCAGACAACAGCAUGCACCUCGCAGAGCGGGCGAAGCUACGUUUCACGGGGUGGAAAGACGUGCCCGUCAUAGAGCACGAAUUCACGGUAUCGGCCAGCAGUACCAGCAUGGACACCGCGAUUAAAACGUUUUCGAGCGCCCGGCAAACUCAGAGUAACCUCCCCGAGAUGGAAAUCUUCAGGUGGAACGAAAUUCCUUACGACGCGAUGCCCGCCGACGACAGACACUGGUACCCGGAAGUUUUAGACAUCGUUCGGGAAGCGAAGCAGGAAGCAAACGCAACAACGAACGGGAAAAACGGUGGGCGGUGGAGAGGAAACUGGUCGUCGGGUUGUUUGAGUUUGAUGACGAAGGAGGCUUGGCUCGACACGAAACCAAGACAAUUUGGACCGAUGGAUUCAUGAACGAUGUCUACGGCGACAGUAGGGAUCACGAAGCGUACGGCGAACAUACGUAGACUGAUUGUACCGUGUUUGCUCUGAC